AUGCUUGAUUGGGGAGUUGAUCAAGUCCAUCAGCCAAACCAUGAUCAUGAUCCUUAUCAAAAACAACAGAAACAAUUACAAGGAUGUAGAAAGGGUCCAUGGACACCUGAAGAAGACAAGCUUCUUACCGAGUAUGUUACUUCCAAGGGGGAAGGAAAAUGGAGCUCUGUUGCUAAGUGUGCAGGGUUGAAUAGAAGUGGCAAAAGCUGUAGACUAAGGUGGGUGAACUAUUUGAGGCCAGGGCUAAAGAGAGGACAAAUCACUCCUCAAGAAGAAGGAAUCAUCCUUGAACUUCACUCCCUUUGGGGUAACAAGUGGUCUACAAUUGCAAGAUAUUUACCAGGACGAACAGAUAAUGAAAUCAAGAACUAUUGGAGAACCCAUUACAAGAAGAAAGAUAAAUCUUUUUCGAAACAAGACAAAUAUAAAAGAUCCCGGAAACAACUAGGUAUGCAACCGCAACCACAGAAUCAACGAUCUCAGAUGGUAUCUCAAAACCACAUGAAUCACGACAACGAGCAAAACAUAGCUUCCUCUUUCUCUUACCCGACUAGUGUCAUUCACGACCAAUUUCAUAUGCCUCAAAGUGUUACAGCAACCUCAAGCGAUCACUCCAUGAUCGAUGAAGGUAACUUGUGGGGCAGCUUGUGGAGUCUAAACGAUGAAGAUCGUCCACACCGAUUUGGUGGUGGCUGGGAACAGAGAACAGCUGCUGAUAUUUCUGAGAAGUUUAAUGGUGACAGAAUUGAGGCUCCGCCGUGUGGAUCAGGGGAGUAUAAUUAUAAUGGAUUUUACACGGGAGGUUAUAUUUUUUAACUAGUAUGCACUGACGGAGAUAUUAAGAAAGCUGUGUCU